CGCUUCGAGCGGGACGCCCGCGCGUCCGCCAUCUUGAUUUCGCGCGUAUUUUCGUUCACAAAUAAGUGUUUUAAAAAUAAUUUUUAUCUGUUCUGUUGGAUAUGAUUUUGUACGGGUGGAAAUCGUCAACCAAUCGUCUUCUAAAGUAGAUAACAAUCGAAAAAAGUUCCUUCAAUUUAUUUCACAUCAGAAAUAAAUAAAUAAUUAGAUGAAGUUUUCCCUAAUAUCAAAAAUUUAUAUUUGCUCAAAAAUAAAAUACAACUCAACAUUAAUUAUUAUGUCCUUUUUCAGUAGCUAUUCGAUUUUGUACAUAAAUAAUGUAUAAAACUGCCAAUACAAAUUAUUAUUAGUAAAUCGAAUUGUUAGGUUAUUGAAAAGAGAUAGCUAUAUACCUAUAGUGGCUGAGGGAAAGAAAGAGAUGUCGCUAGUAGCACCGCGAAGGGUCCAGCUAGACUGGGCCCACUCUAUACCUUGGGAGCAGGCGGGGUGCGAAGCGUCGUACGGCGAUAUAGCGCCGCGCCCUACGCAUCGAUCUAGUAAGGAAUCUUCGUCGUCGUCAGCGGACACAGCAUCCCAGGGCUCAGAGUCUGCGGAGCAAGCGCCGAAACAUAAGAAAAAUGAACAGCAGAGAGAGGUGCGUCGGCCGCAGCCGGCAGCGCCCCGCGUUCAGACCAACCCAUUGUUAAGGUCUCGCACGCUCCCGAACUUCGGCAACCGCUCGAAGGAGGCGUCCCGCUGCGACACGUCGCGGCGCGCGCACCACAUCACCAUGGCGACGGAGGACCUGCUGCAGCCCGGCCACGUGGUCAAGGAGCGGUGGAAGGUAAUAAAGAAGAUAGGCGGCGGUGGUUUCGGCGAGAUAUACGAGGGACUAGACUUGGUGACGCAGGAACAGGUCGCGCUGAAGGUGGAAUCUGCGCGGCAAGCGAAGCAGGUGCUGAAGAUGGAGGUGGCCGUGCUGAAAAAGCUGCAGGGCAAGGAGCACGUGUGCCGUUUCAUAGGGUGCGGUCGUAACGCGCGGUUCAACUACGUGGUGAUGCAGCUGCAGGGCCGCAACCUCGCCGAGCUGCGGCGCGCACAGCCGCGCGGCGCCUUCUCGCUCUCCACCACGCUGCGAUUGGGUAUUCAAAUUUUAAAAGCAAUAGAUUCAAUACAUUCGGUGGGAUUCCUGCAUCGAGAUAUAAAACCAAGCAACUUCAGCAUCGGCCGUCACCCGUCGAACUGCCGGCGCGUGUACAUGCUGGACUUCGGUCUCGCGCGCCAGUACACCACCAGCACGGGGGCCGUGCGCCCGCCAAGAGCUGCCGCCGGGUUCAGAGGCACAGUCCGCUACGCGUCAAUAAAUGCCCACAAAAACAAGGAAAUGGGAAGACAUGACGAUCUGUGGUCGCUGUUCUACAUGCUCGUCGAGUUUGUGAACGGACAGCUGCCGUGGAGGAAGAUCAAGGAUAAGGAACAGGUCGGGCUCAUGAAGGAGAAGUACGACCACCGCUUGCUCCUGAAGCACCUGCCGUCCGAGCUGCGUCAGUUCCUCGAGCACGUGCAGGCGCUGGAGUACGCGGACGCGCCGGACUACGCGCUGCUCGGCGCGCUGCUCGAGCGCUGCUGCCGGCGGCGCGGCGUGCGGGACGCCGACCCGUACGACUGGGAGAAGGACGCGCCGAGUUUGCCGGCGUCCCGCACGCGUGUGGCGCUGCAACCGGCGCCCGAGCCCGCACAGCCCGACGUGCCUGAAGUUCAAGCCCGUCGCCGGCUGGAGGCGGAGACGGUAGCGGCGACGGAGACGCACAGCCACGUGCUCGCCGAGCGCAGGCACGCGCAGGUCAACGGCUAUCAAUCGACAACAACAGAGAAGCAGGAGAAAGAGAAAGAGCCGGAACAGAGGACUACACCCGCGCCAUCGCCUGAUAGACAUGCUAAGGAAACGAGUACCUCGGCGUUGGGCAGCAACACGGCAACGAGACCGGAACGACAGAGCGUGCCGCCCUGCAAGCCGAGACCUAACGCUGGCGGUCCGACGUUGGCACGUCUCCGCGUGGUCACAGCGCCGCCCACUUGUGUGCAAGAACUACAAGCUUCGCCGGCUGGCGAAUCUAGCAGUCCUCGUAUAGUUGCCGAUGUGGACAGUGUACACUCCGAUACACACUUCAAACGUGGUGCCCGUCGCGGUCGCGGUGCUCGCGGGGAGCAGAGCUACACACAGUUCGCGGUUAUGGACGACGAUAAUGUCUCCGCUUUGCAACAGGUGACACGAGGCGGGGCGCUAACACUAGUGUCGCUGUGGAAGUCGCAGUUCGACGACUCGUCCGAUACUACCGAUAACGAGUGGAGGCAUGAACAUGCGCAGUCUCCAGAACAUCGUGCGAACCGCGCGUCCGGCAUUUCCUCCAGCUCGAAGGAACCGCGCACUCAACUACCGCUCACAUCGCAACAACACACGCAACACACGUCGCUACAACACACGCAGCACACACAACACACGUCGCAACCAACACAGGCGACGCAACCAACACAACCGACACCGACGCAACACACGCAGAUCAGCGUGCACGUGCCGAGCGUGAAGGAGGUGCUCAAGGAACGCGUGUCGCCCGUGCAGCAGGCAGCAGACAGAGACAGCAAGGAGGGUGAGCGGGAGCGGGACGGCACGCGGUCGGCGCGCAGUCGGCCGCGGGACGGCGCGCGGGGCGGACGUGCGCGCUGCUGCGUGCGCGGCGCCGGCGCCGAGCGGUUCGCGCGCGUGCUGCCCGCGCUGCCGCGCAGCUGGUCGCUGCCGGCCAUCGGCACGCACAUCCGCGCGCUGCAGCCCCCCCUCCUGCAGCAGGCGUCGUUCGACGACGGGCUGGGCGCCCCGCUGCGCUACCGCGUGGACGCGGCGCGCGGGGUCGCGGCGCGCGUGCUGGCGAGCGAAGCGGAGCCCGCACCGCACCGCGCGAGGAGCCUGCCCAGCGUGUCCCGGUCGAGCGGGUCCCCGUCCCCGCCCCCCGCGCCGCCCGCCCGGGAGAGUACCGUGUCCAGCCGCAUCGAGAUCCGCGUGCGGCCCGCACCCGGCAGCGCUGACCCCACACACUCCGUGCGCAUCCAGUCGGUUGUGUGCGGCGCGGGCGAGGCUCGCGCGGAGGACGCGUCCAUUUAUUACGACGCGACCGACCAUCAGAGGGACAAGCGUUCGUCAACUCGCAGUGUGGAAAAGAGCCACAGCCCGGCCGUGGAGAGAACUAGACUUGAUGCUAUACAAGAUAGAAGCAGUUCAUUGCGACGCGACGGCAGCGCCGCGGGAGAUGCGUCGAGUCUCAGAGAUCGCUCAUCGGGCAGCGGCUCCCGUAUACCAGUAGCGCGUGGUACCGGUACCACUGGUACUGGUACCACUGGUAUUGGUACUGGUACUGGUGGUAGUGGGGGUGAGAACAGACUGGCCAAGUGUGCGUCGUGGGCUGGGGCCCCACAUGGUGGGGAUACACAUAGAGUGGACGAUCUGACGCCCGCCCUACGCCGCCGACGCCAGAACGCGGACAAAUACGCGGUGGAUCCGGCGAGAGAGCUGAACUUGCGGUUCGCGAGACCGAGACACAGACAGACCGCGCAGGCGCAGAACAACACGAGCCGCGCGAGCAGUGCGCCCCGCGAGCCCGCCCCCUCCCGCUCCAACUCGUCCUCCUCCCCCUCGCCCCCGCCGCCCCCCGCCAACGGGGGCAGUGGGGCGGGGGCAGGCGGGGGCAGUGGGGCAGGCGGGGGCAGUGGGGCA